AUGCUGUCGAUUCUACGAAAAGCGCGGCUCAAGGACAAGGAGAUGCGCAUCCUGAUGCUUGGCCUCGAUAAUGCAGGAAAAACGACAAUUGUUAAAAGGAUCUUGAACGAGGAUGUGCAUACCGUCAGCCCAACGCUGGGAUUCAUCAUCAAGACGAUAGACUACGACGGAUAUAAGCUCAAUAUCUGGGAUGUCGGUGGACAAAAAACUCUGCGGUCAUAUUGGCGAAACUACUUUGAAAAGACAGACGCGCUGAUAUGGGUGGUCGACUCUACGGACCGGUUGCGAAUUGAAGACUGUAGAGAGGAGCUCCACGGGCUACUGCAGGAAGAGCGGUUGGCGGGAGCUUGCCUGCUGAUUUUCGCCAACAAGACGGAUGUGGACGGAUGCAUGACAGAGACGGAAAUUCUACAGGGUCUCCGACUAGACGAAAUUCGAACGCAUCAAUGGCACAUUCUCCAGUGCAGCGCCAUGACGGGCAAGAACCUCAACGAAGGGAUUGCGUGGGUUGUGGAGGAUGCGAAGAAGAGGCUGUUUCUGUACUAG